AUGGCCACUUUGGGCCUCUCAAAGGUCUUCAUCUUGGACAAGUACUUCACCGAGUUGCAAAAGUUCUGGGAGACCGAGAAGAAACUUCAAGAUGCGUCGUCGUCGAACGAGGCGGUGCACCUCCAGCAGCGGCUGCGCAGCUUGAGCACGGAGCUGGUGACGCUGCGGAACCGGCUGCACGUGGGCCAGCCGACGGGGGCGACCAGCCAAGCAGCCAAGCAGUCCCCGCAGCCCUCGUCGAGCUCACCGACCGCCCCUGCUGUGCCACCCCGCACCAGUCUGGCCCUCGUUCACCAGCAAAGCGGCGCUUCCGGCCCAAAUGGCAUGCCCGCAGAUCUCGAGCCGGCGAAGCGACAUCGGGCCCUACCGGACGAUGCUCUGGUCUCGUGCGUCACGGCAGUAGGUUCGGGAGUCAGGAGCGCCAGCAGCGCGUCCCUCGCUUUUGACUCGAAAAGCACUUCGAAGCACCAGUCGGCAGCACAGCAGCCCCCGCAAAGGCCCAACAGCGUCGAAUGGCAGGGAAAAGGUGUCGCGCUAGCGAGUCAGCAGCAGCAGCAGAUCGUUGGCUUGCUGAAUGGCGUGGCCCUGGAUGACCUCAUACACCUGCCUGGGCCCCUUACCGAGGACGCCGUCCUCAAGUGCCUGCAGGCCCGCUUCUGCGCCAAGCAUUACCACACGAACGUGGGGCCGAUCUUGGUUUGCUUGAACCCGUACACGAACGUUGGAAACCCGUUGACCUUGACGAGCACCAGGGCCGUACCGCUAACUUCUCACCUGAACAGGGUUGUGCAGGAGGCUGUGCGCCAGCAAACAGAGACCGGCUAUCCUCAGGCCAUUAUACUUUCCGGCACAAGUGGAUCUGGAAAGACGUACGCGUCGAUGCUGCUUCUGCGACAGCUGUUCGACGUGGCGGGAGGAGGCCCCGAGACCGAUGCGUUCAAGCACCUCGCAGCCGCUUUCACGGUCCUCAGGUCGCUCGGCUCGGCAAAGACCGCCACCAACUCCGAGAGCUCCAGAAUCGGGCACUUUAUCGAAGUGCAGGUGACGGAUGGAGCGCUCUACAGAACAAAGAUCCACUGUUACUUUCUGGACCAGACGCGAGUCAUUCGGCCGCUACCCGACGAGAAGAACUACCACAUAUUUUACCAGAUGCUCGCGGGCCUGUCGCAAGAGGAGCGAGCGAGGUUGCACCUCGAGGGCUACAGCCUGAAGAACCUCAGGUACUUGCAGAACGGCGACACGAGGCAAGACGAGGCCGAAGACGCGGCUCGAUUUCAAGCUUGGAAGGCUUGUUUGGGUGUCCUGGGAAUACCGUUCCUGGACGUGGUGCGGGUACUGGCUGCGGUGCUGAUACUCGGCAACGUUGGCUUCGCCGACGGCCCGGGGCUCGAGGUCGGCGUCAUCGGUGAGACCGAGUUGGCCUCGGUCGCGGCUCUCCUCGGAGUUACACCGGCCGCCCUUCUGCGCGGCCUCACCUCACGCACUCACAAUGCCCGGGGCCAGCUGGUCAAGUCCCUCUGCGAUGCUAACAUGUCCAACAUGACGAGGGACUCGUUGUUUACGGCCCUCUACUGUCGGACGGUAGCGACUAUCGUCAGGCGGGCCAACAGCCUCAAGAGACUCGGCUCGACCCUCGGCACCCUGUCCUCAGACUCGAACGAGUCGGUUCACAAUCAGGCAGAGGUAACGAGCCAGCAUGCCUCCACCAUAGGCAGCUCGGCGGGGGGCACGGGCUCGCGGAGCAUGGCUGCCCUGAACAACGCGGUCAGGCACGCCACCGACGGUUUCAUCGGUAUCCUGGACAUGUUCGGUUUCGAGGAUCCAAAGCCGAGCCAACUGGAGCACCUUUGCAUAAACCUGUGCGCCGAGACGAUGCAGCACUUUUACAACACCCACAUAUUCAAAAGCUCGAUCGAGAGCUGCAGGGACGAGGGCAUCAGGUGCGACGUCGAGGUCGAUUACGUCGACAACGUCCCUUGCAUCGAUCUCAUAUCAUCCCUGCGCACGGGCCUACUGAGCAUGCUGGACGCCGAGUGCUCGAUCAGGGGCACGGCCGAGAGCUACGUCGCCAAGGUCAAGCUGCAGCACAAGCAAAACCCCCGGCUGUACGAGUCGCGCGCCCUCGACGGCCGAUCCUUCGGCAUACAGCACUUUGCCGGCCGGGUCACCUACGACACCUCCGACUUUCUCGACACGAACAAGGAUGUCGUUCCGGACGAUCUGGUGGCCGUAUUUUACAAACACUCGUGCACCUUUGGUUUCGCGACUCACCUGUUUGGGAGCGAGCUGAAGGCUCUCUACGCCAGCGAAACAGUGCCCAGGGGAGUUAGUUUUCGUAUAUCGCCAACCUCCCACACGGAUCUACUGAACGGUGACGAACCCAUUUCCACGCUGACUCAGGAUUUUCACACGCGACUCGACAACCUGCUGAGGACCCUGGUGCACGCGAGGCCACAUUUCGUCAGAUGCGUAAGGAGCAACGCGUCCGAAACACCCAUGCAAUUCAACCGGAACGUGGCCAUGCGACAGAUUAGAUCGCUCCAAGUACUCGAGACUGUCAAUCUCAUGGCUGGCGGCUACCCCCAUCGGAUGCGCUUCAAGGCGUUCAACGCGCGCUACCGACUGAUAGCGCCGUUCAAGCAGUUGCGCCGCAGCGAGGAGCAAGCGAUCGAGGACACAAAGCUGAUCCUCCAAAACGCACAACAGCUAAAGAGCAGCUUCAACGCGAGUACGAGCUGGGCCCUCGGCAAGCGGCACAUCUUCCUCAGCGAGGGCAUCAGGCAGCAGCUCGAGAGCCUGCGCUCCGACAUACGCAGGCGGGCCGCCACCGACAUACAGGCAAAUUGGCGCGGCUGGCGAAUCCGUCGGAGAUGGACGCUGCGCCGCUCAAACUUGACACUGGGUAGUGGCGGUCAGCUUUUGCAAGCUGCCCCGGCGGUGGCGGCGCUUCCGACCACGGGGACGCUGCCGCGGAGCGGCGUCAGGCCCAGGCCUCAGCCGAUAGCCGGCACGCCACCGCCCGACCCGUCCGACAAGUGCGCCGACCCGCAGAUGAUCCAGCAGACCUGCACCCUCUUUGGCCUCGAUCUCGAACGACCACCUCCGCUGCCGCCUAGCAGAUCGUACACGGUGACCGGCAACACGAAGCUCGGGUAUCCGCAGACGCGGGUAAUGAAGAAACCUUUUCCAGAAGAGGGCGAGGGUGAGGUCGUCUUGCUCAAGGGUGAGGCAGUCCUGGUGAUCGGGGCGUCGCCGAGGCGCGGCCAUCUGCUCGUCGAGCACAACAAUAUUACUCUGCACGUGCCCUAUCAAUUCAUGGAGCUCAAGCCGUGCAACAUCAACGUCUGAAACUCUGCCGAAUUACU